CAGAGCCAAUCAAUAAAAAAAGCAAGUAAUUUAAUGACGUUGACAAUUGACAUUCCCUUUUAAAGUUUGGAAACAAUCAAAAGAAGAGGAAUAAACAUAUUUUUUCGGUUUAGCCAAAAACUAACAAAUAAAGAAGACAAAUAAAUAUUGAUGUAUUUUAAAUAAAUGAGUUCUCUCCCUCAAAAUGGCACCUAAAAUUCCAGAUAGGUGGAUUCCAUAUAAAGCAUGCGGCAAUGUUAUAGAAGGGACAAGGAUAAUUUGUUUUAAGGUUCCUCUAAGAAGGAUAGUUCAAGCGAAAGUCGUUGCUUCCAAGGAUAUAUGGGAUAUCAAAGCACUUCUAAAAGCUAUUCCUAAGUUACGCGCAGUCAUAGAUUUAACUAAUACGGCGCGGUACUACGAUCCAAAGGAGUUUAAAUCAGCAGGCAUUGUGCAUAGAAAACUUUUAAUGCCAGGGCGAGUGAUACCACCGGAGAGCAAAGUGACACAAUUUUUUAAUACGGUUGACGUAUUACUAGGAGAAGAUUCAGAUUCUUUGGUUGGUGUUCACUGCACUCACGGGCUAAAUCGAACUGGCUACAUGGUCUGCCGGUACAUGCGGGAUCGACUUGGAAUACCUGCAAACGAAGCUGUCAAAAGAUUUGAAGAAGCACGUGGCUAUAAAAUGGAAAGGGACAACUACAUCGCCGAUCUUCUAGGCAAGACAGUACCGCCGCCCGAUGUUGGUAAUGAUACUAUUGUAAAACCAAUAGUUAAUAAAAGAACCGUUGAAUAUUGUUCACCCUUAAAUGAUUACAAUGAUGAAGAUAGCAAUAACGACGAAUCUAAAAAAAGAAGAUUCGGGAAUCAAUCGACGCCUAAAAGACGUAGAGAUAAUACUAAUAAAAGGAAUGAAAAAAGUAUCAAAAGCUCUAAACACAAAAAGCGAAGAGAUUCAGCCCCCGAAAAGUCGUCCUAUCAAUAUGAUUAUAAAUAUGAUUACUAGCGAUGAACUGUUAACUGAUUAAACUGGUGACUUAAUUAUUCCACUUUUGUCCGUAUACUAAUAAUAGUGAAAUUUUAGUUGUUUUAUCCGUAGCACCAUUUUGUGUAAAUAUCUAUGAGCUUUAUUACAGUGACAUAAUAAUAUAAAAAAAUAACAACAUUAAUAACCUUUUAAAAUCUUGAGCAGUAACACAGAUGCGAUGAAAUAUACAUUGUAUGCCCUCUAAGUCAAGCCACAGAUUCAGCGCAAAUACAUACUAAUAACUUAGGAUCUCUAAAACUAAGCCGAUUAAUUCUUUUUUUGUUUCAUUCUAUUAAAUAUGAACAAGAUAGCAAUUUUCAACAUAUAUAUACAUGUACAAAAAUGGUGUUUAUUUCAUUUAAUUUUUUUGUCAUAGAUUUUAGUCGUUGGCGUUCUGGUCACGAUGUUGGCUUGUCACAUAUAUGAUAGUAACAUAUUAAAUCAAUGCGUAUAUGUGACAAUAGCGUUCAGAAGGUACUAUAUAACUGUUAUUUGUAGGGUUUUUUUUACGAAAGAUACAUUGUAUGCUGAUAUUUGUAAUUGAACUCAUUUCUUUUUAUAAAUUGUUUCUUUUUCUCAUUGAAAACCAUCUUACCGCAUUUUGUUUGACUGUCAAUUGUUUUGAAGUCAAGAUUUUAGAUAUAGUAAUCUGCAUCACUGCCAGAAUACUAAUUUGUUGUUUGAAGUAAUUUUAAAAAUAAAAUAAAAUAUACAAUCGUUA